CAAUAUUGUAUUAUACAUUUCACUUUCAAGAAUGUCACGUAACUAUCGCUCUCGUGUCGUGCAAGUAUAUAGAGGUUAAUCAAUAAUGAUAGGGUACCGUGUUUCUAUAUUCGAGUAUACAACUGUUACAUAGAUUUGUUGUAGGGUGUAAACUGCUAAAAACAGAGCUUCUUUGAUCCCCGCAUUAGGAAAAAGCAUAAAGCAGAAAAAUAAAGAUCAGAAAUAUAUAAUUCAUCAAAACGCUCUAUCAUUCCAAUCUCAUUCACAUUCCUUAAUGUCCUCUUCUAUUCUGUAUCAGUGUAACAGCAUAAGGAGUAAAAUCUAGUAGAUUUAAUCAAUGGACGAAGCUGGAGUCUCCAAAUUAACUACAAAAUUGAAGGAAAUAUUUCAAAAGUGGCAAACCAUGACACUAAGUUCAAAAGAAUGUGACAAUCAUUCUGAUAUGAAUCAUAAUGGCAUAUCACCAAUGAUAAAUAAAAGAUUAAACAAUUUAGUUUACUGUGAUUCUGAUGAAGAUAGUUGCAACAAUAGUCCAAAACCACCGCAUGAUGUUCCUAAAGGGUACUUAGCUGUUUAUGUUGGACCAGAACUUCGGAGAUUCAUUAUUCCAACAAGUUACCUUAGUCAUUCUCUUUUCAAAAUGUUGUUGGAAAAAGCUGCUGAUGAAUUUGGUUUUGAUCAGAGUGGUGGACUCACAAUUCCUUGUGAAAUUGAGACUUUUAAAUAUCUUCUUAGUUGCAUGGAGAAUCAUCAUGACAAUGACACCUCCUCUGGAAACACGGGAACUGUGGAAGAGUGAGUAAAUUAAUCUGAUAAUUAUAGAGGUGCAGAUCGUAUAAUGAUGGUUUCAAGUGAGAAGAAAGUUUCCCUUGCUUCCAUCUCUUUGCUUUGAUUUCAUGUGUGAGAAGAAUGAUAGAACAACCAUGUUAGAAAGAUUUCUUUUGAACCUUAAUUUACAACAAUUUGUUGUUACAAUUAUUGUAUUAUUUUAUUUUUAUGAUAUGGUAUGGUAUGGUAUUUAAGAAAAACUGUAUCCAAUAUUGUCCUAAUCCUUGUACUUUUAUUUCUGAAUUCUGUUUACAUAUUCAAAUGGAACAGAACAACAUCAUUUUAAUUAAUGCUUAGUAUACAAUUUUUUUUA